CCUACUCUAAUUUUUUUUAAAAAAAAACAAAGACCGGGAUUUAAAAUUAUUGCUUCCGGCUUCUUUCUUUCCAAUUUCACUCCUGCCGGGUGCUCUCUUCUUCUGUGGGCUUCACAAAUGGAGUCUUCCGGUGAGAACAACGGUCGGGUGGAAUUCGGGAGGAUGGGCUACGGAUGCAAGCACUACAGGAGGAGGUGCAAGAUUCGCGCCCCAUGCUGCAACGAGAUCUUCCCCUGCCGCCACUGCCACAACGAGUCCACGAAUGAUCGCCACGAGAUCUGCCGUCACGAUGUUCAGAGGGUAAUUUGUGUGAUCUGUGACACUGAGCAGCCAGUUGCACAAGUGUGCUCGAACUGCGGGGUAAAUAUGGGGCAGUAUUUCUGUGGAGUGUGCAAAUUCUAUGAUGAUGAUAUUGAGAAAAGACAGUAUCAUUGCAAUGACUGUGGUAUCUGUAGAGUUGGUGGGAAAGAGAACUUUUUCCAUUGUCAGAAGUGUGGAUCCUGCUACUCUAUUGAUUUGCGUGAUAAGCAUGCAUGUGUGGAAAACUCAAUGAGGCACCAUUGCUCCAUCUGUUAUGAGUAUCUUUUUGAUUCCUUGAAAGAAACAACGGUUCUGAAUUGUGGGCAUACAAUGCAUUCACACUGUCUUCACGAGAUGAUAAAGCAUGAUAAAUACUCAUGUCCAAUAUGCUCCAAGUCAGUGAUUGACAUGUCAAGAACUUGGAGGAAAUUAGAUGAGGAGAUUGAAGCAACACUCAUGCCUGAGAAUUAUCGGCACAAGAAGGUGUGGAUCCUCUGCAAUGACUGCAAUGAUACGACUGAAGUCUUCUUUCAUGUCAUUGGCCGGAAGUGCGGUCACUGCCAGUCCUACAACACUCGAGUGGUUGCUCCUCCAGUGCUUCCUCGGUGAUCGGAUUCAGUUUCUCAAAACAUCUGCAUUCAUGGGCAGCUGAACACCUUCACAUGUGCUCCACCACACCUAGUGCUGUUGCCAAGAAAAAGCUGGUUCUUAAUGUUUUCGAUUUGCUGUAGUUGUAUUAUUUCAUCAGAUAUGUUGUUAUGUUGAUUUUUAUAUGCAUGGUGUUGUCUUAGUGUGACCCAAAUGGAUCGGCCGGUGAAUCCAAUAAUUUCCUGUAUGUUGAACUCCACCUGGUUCAUUCUAAAAGAAUUUAUGUUCCAAAUUU